AUCUGGUGGUAACUGCAAAACAGAUUUUGUAAACAAACGACGUGGAAACAUAUAGUGAUUAAUAUUCACUAAAAAGGACUGUUUUCAGUCAGUUAAGGGCAACAUGUUACGUCAGACUUGCAGUGAAGAGAACUUGACUGCGUCAUUUCCAAAUAUCUACAUCAAUUUCUAUAAUUUGGCAGUCUGCCCUUAGUUGGUGUUCGUGGGGACCUGCCUAUAGAGGAAAGUGUCCCUUCACUUGCUGAGCUGAUGGGAAGAGCACUUCCCUCUUAUGACCUACCCUGCAAUGUCCCUGAUAUUUACACCUGUCCUACAACCACAUGAAAGUAACUGUCCUCAUGUGGCCUACCUUGACUAAUUGUAAGAUCUGCAUAUGCCUUACAUCCAUUACAGCAUCAAGGCUAUGAUACAUCCAGAACCUUCACUUGAUGUGGGGGACAUUCUGCUAUGCUCCAAUAUCUCCUUAAUUUGUUUGGAGGGUUGUGGCACAUCAUCCUGACAAUGUUUGGCCUUGGUCAAGCCAAGCCUGCUGUGUCCACUCAAUUGGAAGUCUUUGUCAGGACCAACACUGGAGAGAAGGUGUCAGUCUGCCUUGAUCCAUCAUGGACAGUACAACAAAUAAAAACUACUCUGGCGCCCAAACUAAAACGCAACAGUCAUGAUAUAAGGAUCAUCUUUGCUGGCAAAGAGCUCCCUGACAACAUGGUCAUCCAACAAUGUGAUCUUGGAAACCACAGUUUUCUUCAUGCUGUAAUAGUGGUAGCAAAAGAGGAUGGUGCAGCUAAUUCUACCUCAGAUUCAGCUGGAAAGGGUACUACAAUAAGUCACAUAAAUGAAAUUUCAAACUCAACCAGUUCUCCAGCAGUUGAAAAAAAAAUAGCAACAAGUAAAGAAAUAGAAGAUAAACCUCAUUGCUCAACUAAUGAAGUGUCUGAAAAUUGUGCUAUACAACCAACUGAAGUUAGGAACUGUCAAGAUUUCCCAUCAACCAAGACUGCCACCUUGCUGUGUGAUGCCUCCACUGUCAUGGCAAUUCAGCUGACUGAAGCAGAACUGAAGGCUAUUAAUGAACUUAAAUCUGUGGAUGGAAGCAAUGAACGUCCAUACUUCUAUGUAUAUUGCAGUAAGCCAUGCAACUCAGUGCAAGUGGGAAAGUUACGCGUCAGGUGUGCACUUUGCAAGCAGGGCACUCUGACUCUGCAUCGGGAUCCUUGCAAUUGGCAAGAUGUUCUCAAAGAGGGCCAGAUUUCUGGUACAUGUGAAACUGUUGGCUGUAAUGGAAAUGUGGCCGAGUUCUUCUUCAAGUGCCGAGCUCAUGAGACCAGUGGUGAAGAUGACAGUUCAGUGGCCCUUUAUCUUGUCCGGGCCAACCUGCCAGCCAUCCCUUGCCUGGCUUGCACAGAGGUUUCUUCUCCAGUUGUAGUGUUUGAAUGUGAAGAUGCACAUGUAAUGUGUCUUGAUUGCUUUGUCACAUACUGUGUUUCUAGAUUAAAUGAAAGGCAGUUUACAAGAAAUCUUGAAAUAGGAUAUACCUUGCCCUGUCCUAUUGGCUGCCAAGACUCGCUCAUUCGUGAAGUACAUCACUUCAAGUUGAUGGGAGACAAUAACUAUGAGCGUUAUCAGCGGUGGGGGGCAGAAGAAGCAGUACUGGCAGCUGGGGGAGUGCUGUGCCCUUAUCCUGGGUGUGGGCAAGGUAUCAUUGCUGAUGAAGACUGUCGCAGGGUAGUCUGUGUGGGUGGGUGUGGCUAUGUGUUUUGCAAACUUUGCUUACAAGGAUAUCAUAUAGGAGAAUGUGAGCCAGAGGGUGGAGGUGGGCCAAAUUUUGUUGGAGGCAGUGGAACAUUUGCUGUGGAUCCUACCAGGGCAGCUGGUUCUCGAUGGGAUGAAGCAUCUUCUCUGGCCAUUCGUGUCACCACCAAACCCUGUCCUAAAUGCCGCACACCAACAGAGCGUGAUGGAGGAUGCAUGCACAUGGUGUGCACCCGAAGCUCUUGCAAUUUUCACUGGUGCUGGGUGUGUCAGACUGAAUGGACACGGGAGUGCAUGGGAGCUCAUUGGUUUGGUUGAGUUGUAGGUCAUAUGCAUGAAAGAAAUGUAAAAAUAAAUCUUUUCCAAAUACAUAUCUAUUUGUAAAUAUUAUAGUAAAUAUAAUAUAAAAUUAU